AUGUUUGCGUUCACGAACCUCUUAUUCACUAUAUCGUCUCUGGCAUUAUUGGCACUCUCACUGCCAUUGAAGUUGAGGGAUGUUGUGGAUCCGCCCGUUACUAGUCCAACGGCGGGUACUGUAUGGCAUGUUGGAGAGAAGCAGCUGGUGACUUGGAGCACUAAUGCUUUGCCUGUCAAUAUGACCAAUCCGGUUGGGAUGCUGGUUCUGGGAUACAUCAUAUUAUUAGAUUCACCACUUGCAACGAACAUCAAUUAUACGGUCGGUCAAGUUCAGAUCACCGUCCCUAAUGUGGACACACGAGAAGAUUAUAUCGUCGUUUUGUUUGGUGACUCUGGCAAUGCCAGUCCACAGUUCACCAUUAUCAAC